UAGUGAUGGUGUGGUGGUAGGGACUGGAUGGUUCAGCGGUUGCUGAGCUCUCCGGCUGGCAUCGGGUGCUGCGCUUCGCCUCCCAGAUUCCCGCAUUUGCGGUUUCCUGGAUGCGCACUGACCCGCAGAACCAUGAAGAUCUUGCUCGUCGUUUAUCACGCGGACACCGGGCGGAGCAUUUACUUCUGAUGGUUAUACUUAUUUAUUGCGUCGGGAAGAAGGAUUUUUGAACAUCGGGUGGGAAUGAAACGCACAUGAUGGGAAUCUGCGUCUUAUCCUGCGCUGUCGGGAACAGCUGAUCGCCCCUGGAUUUUAACUCGUAUUCUGCCUCUCGUUCUCCGCUUUGCCCCCCAGUCUUAAAUUCUCAAUCUAAUGAAUCCCUUUGGAUGCCCGGUAUGUCUUCGAGGAAGAUCUCAUCGGAAUCAUUCAGCUCAAUGGGGUCCGACUACUUGGAGAGCCCGGACGACAGCGAAUGCCCCAUGUCGCGGAUGCUGUGGAACGGCCGGAGCCCCGUGGAGUCCCUGCCCAGUCCCUUCGAGGACGUGGUGGUGAAGCGGACCACCCGGCGCAAGCGCGUCAACCUUGACUCGCUCGGAGAGAGUCUGAGACGGCUCACCUCCCCGACGAGACACACGGUUCAGCUGGCCCUGCAGAGGACUCUGGAUGCCUACAAGCAGAAGGGGAUCAGGUGUGACGAGGACGGGGCAGAUGAGGGUGGUGAGCCCGGAAAAUGCCCCUUCUUGGAGGAUUCGGGGUUGGGGGAGGAGAGUGACAUCUCAGGAAUCCUGCAGUACACAGCCUCCUUACUGGGGCUGCGGUUCGAGGAGCUCCGCGAGCACUUUGGAGAGGAGCUCUUUGGUCUCUGUUUUGAGGAGAACGAGCGGGUCCUUCGUGCCCUGGGCAGCGACCUGCAGGGCUUCUUCAAUGGCUUUGACGCACUCCUGGAGCACAUCCGCGCCUCCUGUGGCCGGCGCGCCUCCACCGAGUCGCCCUCCUUCCUAUGCAAGGACGCCCCUGAGACUGGUAGCCUGCUCUUGCACUGCUUCCACCCAGCGCCCCCUGUGGGCGUGGCCAUGCCUGGCCUGAUCCGCGCCGCCGCCCGCAGGAUCUACCACAGGGAGGUGGAGGUGGAGGAGGCGCAGCUGACACUGGAGGGGGUACAGAGCGAGACGGCCGCCUCCUCCUGCCUGUCCUUCCUAAUUAAGGAGCCCCGCGCCCCAGGGGGGCCGCAGACGCUGCCCCUCGAGCUGUCGUGCUCGCCCCCGGACCUGCGCAUUGGCCUCAGCACCUUCUGCCGCGCUUUCCCCUUCCACCUGGUGCUGGGACCUGACAUGACCGUGCUGCAGCUGGGCGAGGGUCUUCGCCGCCAGGCCAGGUGCGACCCUCACCGGACCCUGCACUUCGCCGACUGCUUCGAGGUGGUAUCACCCCGCAUUGCCUGCACCUUCCAGGGCGUCCUGCUGCGCCUCUCCACCCCCUUCACCAUUCGGACCCGGCCAGAGGGUGGCAGCACUGGCACCAAGGAGAAGGUGAUGGAGAUCAAAGGUCAGAUGAUCCACGUGCCAGAGUCCAACUCCAUCAUGUUCCUGGGCUCUCCACGCGUGGACAAGCUGGAGGAGCUUAUGGGUCGCGGGCUGCACCUCUCCGACAUCCCGAUCCAUGAUGCCACGCGGGACGUCAUCCUAGUGGGCGAGCAGGCCAAGGCACAGGAUGGCUUGAAGAAGCGCAUGGACAAGCUGAAGGCCACACUGGAGCGCACGCACCAGGCCCUGGAGGAGGAGAAGCGGCGCACUGUGGAGCUGCUGUACUCCAUCUUCCCGGGCGACGUGGCGCAGCAGCUGUGGCAGGGCCAGGCGGUGCGCGCGCGCAAGUUUGAUGAUGUCACCAUGCUUUUCUCAGAUAUCGUGGGCUUCACCGCCGUGUGCGCCCAGUGCACCCCCAUGCAGGUCAUCAGCAUGCUCAAUGAGCUCUACACGCGUUUCGACUACCAGUGCGGCAUCCUCGACGUCUACAAGAUCGAGACGAUUGGUGACGCCUACUGUGUGGCUGGCGGACUUCACCGGAAGAGCGACUGUCACGCCAAGCCCAUCGCCCUCAUGGCGCUCAGGAUGAUGGCUCUUUCUGAGGAGGUGCUCACGCCCGACGGGAAGCCCAUCAAGCUCCGGAUCGGCAUCCAUUCUGGUUCAGUUCUGGCUGGCGUCGUGGGGGUGAAGAUGCCAAGAUAUUGCCUGUUCGGGAACAACGUGACCUUGGCCAGCAAAUUCGAGUCGGGAUCCCACCCGCGCUGCAUCAACGUCAGCCCGACCACGCACCAGCUGCUUAAGGACGACAGGGCCUUCACCUUCAUGCCUCGGUCCAGGGAGGAACUACCGGAUAACUUUCCCAAGGAGAUCCAAGGAAUCUGCUAUUUCCUGGAGGCAGGGUCGUCACAGGGAGCCGCUCCGGUGGGAUGCUCGCGAUCUACCUCCUCCGCCUCCGCUGCCCCCAUCCGCAAGGUGUCCUACAACAUCGGAACCAUGUUCCUCCGGGAGACGAGCCUGUGAGCACCCCCCGGUGGCGAGGCUGCGCUGCUCACUUAGCGUUCUGCCACCAUUACUGGCUCACACUGGGCCGGUGGGCGACUGGAGGACAGGAAUGAGGAGAGACUGAAAGAAGCGCUUAGAAAUUCAGGAGCUUCUGCUCCUUCAGACUCUCCGCAUCACACAUCUGACAUUUUACUCGCAUAAUUCGGUGCCUUCUGACCACGUUUGCCGUCGGAGAGACGGAGGAUCCCUCAAGCACACCUUCACCGUCCACCGUGCCGCUGCCCAUCUAGCCUGCCUGCCUGUUGAAUGUCCGUCCGUCUGUCUUCUGGCAACAUCCAUCCCUCUUCCUCAUCUUGCUUCCCGGAAUUCCUAACACUAGGCCAGGUCAUGUGACCGCGCUUCCCCGCCCCAGAUAGGUCUGACGGGGUCAUGUGAGCAGCUCUCUGUACUUUAUGGGUCAUGUAGUCAGCUAACAAGCCCUGUUCUUAUUUGAUUCCUGUGCAAACUGCCCACUUGUGGUAGAGAAAUGCUGUAACACCUUUUAAAUAAUUGCUUUUAAAAAAAAAAAAAAAAAAAAACUACUUGGCAUAGCCCAUUACCAGAUCCAAAUCCUACUGACCAUCCCAUCCGAUAAGCUGCGAUUGGGUGGGGGGGGGGGGUGGAUAGUGUCCCUUCUGUGGAAACAUCACCACCCCGCAGUUGUCAUUCCGACAGUCCCUCUCUGGACUCCAGCGGUCUGUCUGCAGUGCCCCGUUACCCAGCGGCCUGGGCCCCCAAUCAGAGUGUACAGAUCGCUAGCCAAUAGCAGCAAAUGACAGACUCUCAGGGGGGUCAGUGCGGACCAGGAGCAGGAGGCCUGCUGAUUGGUCACUCAGAUUCAACGGUACAACAGACUGACCCCAGCUGGCCGCGGAGCCGUUCUGCUGUGUGUUGUCACAGCAUGCGCCCGCCCCCAUGACCCGGUGUCCCCUUCUCCCAUCGCACCAUUAAAGCAUCAUAGGUGUAAACCCAGUCGGGUCAUAUCAGUGUUUAAAAUGCGGUUCUGUGAUAUGGUGACGAAGAAGAACCUGGAGCUCUCAGUCUAAUUUAACUUCAUGCUCUAACAUUGGAACAGGAGAUUUUGUAAACUGUACUAAAUGGACACUUAAUGCUUAUACUAAUAUAUUUUCUGUUUGCCUUUCAUAUCUGACACUGAAAUGCUGAGGUGUCUGUUUAUAAGACUCAGAUAAUGAGAUAAAACUCAGAAGGCAAGGCUACUCCACACCAGACCGAUCCCUUUAAAACGGCUCCAGCACUUGCAGGAAAGCGAAACAAAUAUAAAAAUAAAACAAAACAAAAUAAAUUAAAAGCAAAAUGCUUUACUUACCUGUUGUCAUUAUUUUAUAGAGUUCGGAGUCGAGUUUGAAACUCAAAGAAAUACGUUUCGGAUGGCGAAGUUGUCGGCCUGUGGGUCCGUCGUGCGCUGAGGUAAGGAGCCUCACAGAUUGGUUGGAUUCACGGCAGGUUCCCAGCCGCCUGUCACACACCCAGCACUGUCUGUCACCCGCCGGAGGGUGAUGGGCCGUGUAGUGAUGCCAUGAGACACCCUCGCCACUUGGUGUGCUGUAAGUACAGGUCAAUGUAGCACUGCCUGCAAGAGAAAGAGCCAAUCAGAGGCCAGCACCUGCUCCCUUAUGCGGUAGCUUAACGAUUUGUUUUCUAAUUAAAAUACGAAACGUCAGGCAGCAAUACGGAUGGACGUUGUUUCUCUUCUGUAUGGAAGCCUGCCACGCCUGAGGCUGAGAUGUGCUGUAAAAUAACUGUACAUUAUAAAAUUUGUAUCCAAUCUGACAUUUUAAGCAAUAAUGUAAGUGUUCUACUUGUGGCAAGAUAAUAAAGUUAGCGAGCAAAGCGAG